AUGAACCAUUUGAUUCAAAUUUCUUCAAUAACACUUGGAAUAUCAGCUGGAAUUGCUGCCUAUUUUGUAUAUCAGCGUCAAAAACCAGAGAUUCUGAAAAAUGAGGAAAAUGCCGAGGAAGAAGUUGAGGAGGAAGAAGAAGAUCUUCGAAUGAGUGCUGGAAAUGAUUUGUUCAAAAUUGAUGACGAGCAAGUGAAAAGUGUUUUUGAGCGAGUUUUUCUUGAACAAAUGCAAUUGGCUGAGGAUCUUUUGGCUGAUGGUGAGAAUUUUAAAUUUGGAAUAAUUUUUUCAAAACUUUUUUCGCCCAGAUGAAACAGUUGAACGCGGCGCUGUUCACAUGUCGAAUGCUUUGGCAAUAACUGGUGAAACCGAAAAACUCUUGAAUGUUUUGAGAGAAUCACUCUCACUUUCAAGAUAUUCCAAAGUUUUGAAGUAUAUUCCAACUGCUGAUGUUGUAAGUGAUCGAAAAAAAUUGUUGUUGAAAAGAAAUAUUCUGUUGUUUCAGAGAGUUCGCUAUCUUCUUCAAGAUGCUUUAGAAGAUGAAUCUAUCGAGUCAGUUUUUGCUUGA